AUCUCGGUGUUCACGCUGAUAACGUCGUGCUUCUGGGCAUUUUGUCGUGCGCAUUGCUGUAUCUUAUUUAUUGUGUGAACAAUUUUUACUAUCUCUGUGCUUUCUGACAUUGUACAAUUCAGCCAGAUUCUCUGUUGAAGAAUUUUGUCAGUUGAUCAAGUAAAAGAUGUCUUGGUUCCCUCAUGUGAAAUUCGCGCGGGAAAAUUCACAAAUAUCCCAUACAUUGAUAUAAUUCAAUUGCAAUCAUCCAAUAUUCAAAGUGUUUAAACAAGAAACCGCCAAAGUGGGACUCGUGAAGAUGUGAAAGAGUGCUCUUUUGUGUAAUUUUCAACAAUAUACUAUUUUUAUUGAAAAUCUCCGAGGGUAAUUGUGCAAGAAAAAAGAAAUAUCCUCAAGUGCAAACAGAGUGUGGAAAGUGUAGCAGAAAUCCGCUAAAAUCAAUUGAAUUUCAAUCAAAAAUUCAGCUUCAGUGCAAAAGUUAGACAUUUGGGAGUGAUUGUUGACUAGUUAUUGUUUGCAAAACAUUCAAUCAACCACUCAAUUAAACCACUGCACAAUCCCCCCCGAGUUCAAAUAUAUUAUUAUUGCCGCACGUUGGAUACCAAUGUGGGUGUUGAUCUGCACACGAGGGUGAGGGGUGAAACCCCUAAUGUGGGGGGAUAAUGGUGCCAUUUGUGGUCUAUUCAGCGGUGAGACGGGCCUAAGUGUGGGCGUGAAUUUUUUAGCUGUAUAUGACAUCUGGCAUUUGGAUCCUUGCAUGGCUGCUUCCGGAUAUCCCAACAAAUUGCAUCCAGUUUCAAUCUCAAAAUGGGGUGGAGAAAUGUUCCGCUCGGAUCAACUCAAUCACAACUAGACUCCCACGUGAGAGGCGUCGGAGGGGGUGAUAGGGGUGAUCUACAGGUGGGAAAGUGUUCAGUGUUGGUGUCACCAUGAACCAGACAGAGUGCGCAAAAUUAAUCGAAGCCGUUGAGUGGACGGAACCGGGAAAUUUAGUAUCAUUGGCGGUUCUUGCCGUCAUCAAUGUGCUCGUGAUUGUUGGCAAUUGCCUUGUGAUUGCUGCCGUCUUCUGCUCCCACAAACUGAGGAGUGUCACGAACUUUUUCAUAGUGAACCUAGCUGUGGCGGAUCUCCUCGUUGGACUUGCCGUUCUUCCAUUUUCCUCAACAUGGGAAGUCUUCAAGGUGUGGAUUUUCGGUGAUUUGUGGUGUCGCAUCUGGCUGGCAGUGGAUGUAUGGAUGUGUACAGCAUCUAUCCUGAAUCUAUGUGCCAUCUCUCUGGAUCGAUAUGUAGCUGUAACGCGCCCUGUUACAUAUCCCAGCAUCAUGUCCACGACGAAAGCUAAAUCCCUCAUUGCAGGCAUCUGGGUCUUGUCAUUCGUCAUCUGCUUCCCACCGCUGGUCGGCUGGAAGGAUCAGAAGCUUCCUGCAGAUCUCACCUAUCGAGUGGGAAACUAUACCUUGAUAUCCGUGACACCACCUCCGGAGCCUCCACCCCCUUGUCCCUGGACGUGCGAGUUGACCAAUGAUGCUGGUUAUGUGGUAUACUCAGCUCUGGGUUCGUUCUACAUUCCCAUGUUCGUGAUGCUCUUCUUCUACUGGCGAAUCUACCGAGCCGCAGUUCGGACAACCAGAGCCAUCAAUCAAGGUUUCAAAACGACUAAGGGCACCAAGGCUGGACCCAUGGAGGACACUCCCCUAACGCUGCGCAUCCAUCGUGGCCGAGCAUCGGCCCAGCAGCCACCAUCGUCACCCCAUAGUCUCGGCAGUGGACAUAGUUUGACGACACCUACAGGCCAGGAACGCUUCCCCGUACGCUCCCGAAGACGUCCCAUGACAUCAGCAUCUGAGCGCCAUAUGGAGAAGCCACGGAAAGGUCAUGCCAAGGUCAAAAUAUCCGUCUCUUAUCCGUCUGUGGACAAUCUUGCCGGAUCUGGCGAAGAUACAGUCUUUCGUUUCGAUGAGGUUCCUCACAGAGGUUCCUCAGGAGCCCGAAAGUACCUAGAUAUCCCCGAAGAAGGUAACAAUCAUGCGCAACCCAAGAACUCCAAACGCACCAGUAAAGCACAGGUGAAGCGCUUCCGGAUGGAGACAAAGGCAGCCAAGACACUGGCUAUCAUCGUUGGAGGUUUCAUCUUCUGUUGGCUACCCUUCUUCACAAUCUAUCUCACACGCGCCUUCUGUCCAGACUGCAUCCAUCCCCUCCUGUUCUCCGUGAUGUUCUGGCUGGGAUACUGCAAUUCAGCCAUCAAUCCCGUCAUCUAUGCUCUGUUCUCCAAGGACUUCCGUUUCGCCUUCAAACGCAUCAUCUGGAAGUGCCUAUGUGGCUCUGAUAUCGCCCUCACCCGUCCAAGUCCCAUUCUUGCCCUCCUCACACAGUCCCAGUCACUGACAAUGUACACCACAACUGGGAUAACACGACAGGCCGCAGGUCUGCCCAAUCUCAAUACAGAACGCACAAGUGCUGGGAUGGUGCGGGCGACCACUAAGACCACCACAACGGCCCUCGAACUAUGUUCAAAAGGGAUUGGCAACCGAUUCGAUGAGCAACGUCUAACACUGAGAAUUCAUCGAGGUAGAGGGUCAAAUAUUCACGAGUCACCUCACAGCAAUGGAAGCACCCAUAGUACAUCAACCAACGUGAGUGCUUCACCCGAUCGCCACUCCAGAUUCUCCACCAGAAACAAACAUGAAAAAAUUAAAAUCUCCGUGAGUUAUCCGAGCUCAGAGAAUCUCGCCAGUCCCACGAAUGCCAAUCCCAAUGCACUCUAUGCCGUGCACUACAGUUCCAAUGGCAAGGAGACGAAUACCUCCAAGAUUUUCCGGGGUGGCAAGGAUGGCUUCCUGCAAGUGGUGAAGUCCAUGCCGGACAUGGACAAGGAUGCAGGCAAGUUCAAUUCACCACGCACCAGCCGAAAGAUGGGCAAGAGGAACAUCAAGGCACAGGUAAAGCGUUUUCGGAUGGAGACAAAGGCUGCCAAGACCCUGGCCAUCAUUGUAGGACUAUUCAUCCUCUGUUGGCUACCAUUCUUCACAGUUUACGUCAUUCGAGCCUUCUGUGCGGAUUGUGUCCAUCCGGUGCUGUUCUCUGUGAUCUUCUGGCUGGGUUACUGCAACUCAGCCGUCAAUCCUAUGAUCUACGCCCUCUUCUCCAAGGACUUCCGCUUCGCCUUCAAACGCAUCAUCUGUCGGUGCUUCUGUGCCGGACCCGGGCCCAAUACUGCCACAAGUCGUCGUGGCUCGGAUAUGUCACAGGUGAAGGUUAGAACGCCCAGCAUCUCACCCAGCGCCAAUGCCCAGAGCAUCAAUGACGACAGUGAUCCGAUUGUGGAACUCUCUGACAGUCGGUGACGUUCUCUUGCGCCCAGUGUGAGCUCAGCUUCAAGUCCCGGUGGACGGCACUCCCUCAGCAAGAAUGCAGUUUAUGAGAUCUGCCAUCCACUUGUGAUGGAAACUCCAACGUACGGAUACAAUCCUGGUGGAGCUAUAACCACAACUCCAGCACCUGGGCAGCAAAUUACACAGAAUCUCUGAUCAGAUCUGUUCUGGGCUCCCAAGAGACGACGACUCCUACUAUCCUAGACGCACAACCCAGACAUCACACAGUUCUCUCUAAAUACGAACCUAUCAUCGAUGUCUGGUACUUUCCAAUUUUGUGCUCUCCAUAUCCUAAAAGAAAUUCCUACCUCUUCAAAUGUCUAUUCCUUUAAUUCAUAUCUGGAAGAAGAAGACCAAUACCCUACAAUCUAUAGAGUAUAUAAUAUGCGCAUUUUAUUUCUUGAGUCUCCCAAAAUAAAACUACAAAUACAGGUAAAGAGCACACGAUUUUAUAGAAGAAUUCAUCCUAAGCGGUAAGUUACUCAAAGGGAUUAUCUACCUUUAAAGCAAAAGGGUUAAUUUAGGCUAGAAAUUUUUUGAAAAUCUUUUUUAAGUUUAUACACUUUUUCGGAUAAUUUUUGUAAAAUUAAGUUGAAUUCCUCUUCAGCUUUUGUAAAACGCCUCAAAUCAGACUAAUUUUCUAAUUAAAGAAAAUAUUUAUUAUUUUGCAAGCAAUUUACCUUUAGGUCCAGAAAUUUAUUAGAUCCACUUUUAAUAUACGAUUAUAAAUAGCUCAAAAACUUACAUAUUAUACCAUUUCAAAAUCAGUUGAAUUUAAAAUUUGCUUCAUUUAAAUGAACCUUAAAAAUACCAUUUAGGGUAAGUGUGCCAAAUUUCGGCAUAGUUGCAUGCAAACACUAAAAUGUCAAGUUUUAAAUGUAAUAUUUUUACAAAUUGUUUUUUAUUCCUUCUUCUUAAGGAGUGUUGCUUGUUACCUUGUAGACAGUUUAUCGUGUUUAUUUACUCUAAAAUCAUUCUUAAUAUAUUUUAAAAUGAAUAAAAAUGUGGACAUAGCCUCUGUGCCUUAUUUCGGUCACCUUCAUUCUCAUAGUUCUUUGGGAAUUCUUUCAAUGUCUUUUUCACGUCAUUUCGUUUGUCGAAGCUACAUUUUUGUUAUUCUUUUGCAUUGUAUAAUCUCUAGAGUAUGUAAAACUAAAAAUUCAUGGAAAUUCGAGGAAUAAAAAAAGGUGGCCGGAAUUGCAAGGUGGCCGAAAUUUGACACACUUACCCUAUUCCAGAGAUUUAUCGACCAUUAAAAAACCUUAUAUUUUAUCCAAAUGAAAUUUUAAAAGAAACACCGGCAAUGUAGAAAUGGGUAGUAGUAAAUUAUUAAACUUAGUCAGUAAAAAUUCAAAUUUGAGCAGUACUUAAUUUAGAACAUUUAAAGACAAUGAAAGUUCCAUGUAAGUCACUUAUGGUUUUUCGACCGUAUGGAUAUUUAAGGCAAGUCAAGGUGGGAGUUCGGUCUAUUUUUUUGUUCUUCAAUUUAUUUCCUCGAAAGGAUCGAAACGUUGGCUGAGGAAAUAAAU